GUCUUCGUUGAAACAAGUGAGCAACAACAGCAAAACUAUGACAACAAAAUGCGGAAAAAUAAGUACGUGAGAAUAACACAACAAAAAUAGAUGGAAAGAGCCACAACAGGAGAUACAUUGUAAACGGGGGGAAAAAAAGGAAACAAACCUUUACAUCAUGAGUAGAGAACAAUCAAUAAAAAGAAACUCGAAAAAGCCCGAAUCAUAACUUCGUACACAGGUGAAAACUCGGAAAGGAUGAGCCGGAACAAAAACGUGGCAGAAGAAACGAGCACAGGAAGAUGAAAACUGUGACAAUGACAGCAAGUAGACAAUAUUCUGGCAUCUAUCUCCUGUUAGUCCAGUGAUUUUCAUGGAGAACUGGUGUGUGCAGAAGACUCUGGCCAUCCCCUCAACCAGGCACCUGAAAAAAACAAAACCAAGACAGAUACUAUCGGCUCCAGCUCACCUAUGACCCUAAAGAGGGCAAGCACAAUAUAAAUGGACGGGCGGACAGUCUUCUGCAGGAUGAGUCAUUGGUGAAAAUGCUGAACGGGUCUGUGCUACAUGGUGGAAACCGGGCUUUAUCACGCCUUUUCAUUUCAUAUGCAUGUUUGUGGGUGACUAUACAGCAAAAUGAGUUUGUGAUGCCCCACGUUGAUCUUUUAUUCAUCAUCUAUUUGUCCUCCUCUCCUCGCUCCUCGCCUACGCACCGGGGAGCUCUGCAUCUGACAGGCCUUCAUGUAAACCACCAGCUGGACUGACAAGCAAGGCAUAGUGACCAAGGGUCGAGGACUUUUCCAUGCAGUUACUGACUGGACGAAAACACCUCAAAUCAUGUCAUGAUCAAAAAGUAGAUGAAAACCUAAUUGGAGCAGCGUAGCAGCAGCAGACACAUCUUGCGGCUGCAGCGGUGUAAGAAGAAAAAACGGACAGACUGACAGGACCCUCUCUGUGCAUAUUUUUGGGAGGAAGAGGAAGGAGGACGGACCCCCUGAGAAGGCGAGCGUGGCUGCUUAUACAUCGGGCCCUUGAUGCAAAACUGUACUGUGAGAGGGGGCGCUGCAUCGUAGCCAACACACACCCGCGCACGCACGCACGCAUACUCGGAAGCCCUUCAAUGGAGACAAUGAGAGACUUGGUCCUGAUGGUGAUCAUCUUGCUGCCUCUGGCGGCGUCGGAGCCGGAGCACUGCAUCAUCCGGCGAGAACAUGAGAAAUGCAUGGAGAGGAUGGACAUCCACGACCCCAGCGAGGACUUGGACACGGCGUGCCCUUGGAUGUGGGACAACCUGACCUGCUGGCAGGCGGCCGCCGUGGGGGAUGUGGUGGUGGUCAACUGCCCGGAGUUUUUCCACGACCUGAUGGGCCCCGACGACGAGAUGGGGCGGGUGAGUCGAAACUGCACGGAGGACGGCUGGUCGGAACCGUACCCUCACUACUUGGACGUGUGCCUCUUCUACGACAACGCCACUAAACCGGACAUGUACUACGCCUCAGUGAAGGCUUUGUACACGGUUGGCUACAGCACGUCCCUGGUGUCUCUCACCACCGCUAUGGUCAUCCUCUGCAGAUUCAGGAAACUCCACUGCACCAGGAACUUCAUCCACAUGAACCUGUUCGUGUCCUUCAUGCUGAGAGCCAUCUCGGUCUUCAUCAAGGACGGCGUGCUGUACGCGCAGGAGGACAGCGACCAUUGCUUUGUGCACACGGUGGCAUGCAAAGCGGUGAUGGUUUUCUUCCAUUACUGCGUCAUGUCCAACUACUUCUGGCUCUUCAUCGAAGGCCUCUACCUCUUCACCCUGCUGGUGGAGACGUUCUUUCCCGAGAGGCGAUAUUUCUACUGGUACACCAUCAUCGGUUGGGGAACCCCCACCAUCUGUGUGACCGUCUGGGCCGUCCUGAGGCUCCAUUUUCACGACACUGGAUGCUGGGACACAAAUGAGCACACUGCUCUCUGGUGGGUGAUCAAAGGGCCUGUCGUGGCCUCCAUCAUGAUCAAUUUUGUUCUCUUUGUGGGCAUCAUCAUCAUCCUGGUGCAGAAGCUGCAGUCCCCAGACAUCGGCGGCAACGAAUCCAGCAUUUACCUCAGCUGUGCUCAGAAAUGCUUCAGUGAGCCCUCACAGGCUGUUCAGCAUUCGUGCAGGAUGUCAGAGUUGUCCACCAUCACACUGCGUCUGGCGCGUUCCACCCUCCUGCUCAUCCCGCUGUUUGGAAUUCACUACACCGUCUUUGCCUUCUCCCCCGAGGACGUCAGCAAGAGGGAGCGGCUUGUCUUCGAGCUGGGCCUGGGAUCCUUCCAGGGCUUUGUGGUCGCGGUCCUCUACUGUUUCCUCAAUGGCGAGUUUCUCCCUGAAGGUGCAGUCAGAGAUCAAGAGGAAAUGGCGCAGCUGGACGGUGAACCGAUACUUUGCUGUGGACCUGAAGCAGCAGAGGCACCCGUCGCUGGCCAGCAGCGGUGUGAACGGCGGGACGCAGCUGUCCAUCCUGAGCAAGAGCAGCUCUCAGAUCCGCAUGUCCAGCCCGCUGGCGGAGAGCGCCAACAUCAGCCUGCCCACCUGAGCGUGUGACCACGUGACCUCGACGUCAGCCGCCGCAAGCCGUCUCGAAUGAAUCCACGCCAGGCGGAGGAGACCAAAGUGGCCCCGACUCAUGAGUACUUUUAUAUUUUCAGUUUCUCUCAAUGAUGCACUUCGCGUUCAAUUCAAAACAAUCAAAGGAGACAUUAUAAAUGUUUACUGUUUUUUGUUCGUUUGGUUUUUUUUACAUUUUAAAGUCAUUUAAUUGAUUCUGAUGAAUACACAGUAAAAUUUGACUUUGUGUACAGUCAAUGUCAAUGUGCUACAAAGUGCCAUAGAAGUCCAAAGGUAAAAGAAAAAAACAUUCGCAUGGCUUGUGACCCUAACCCUUACUCCAUUUAGUCCAACCAUAACCCUAACCCUUACCCCAGCCCCGACCCGACCCUAAGACCCAAUUUUUACCCUAACACUGAAGUUAGCCCAUAAACCCUAACCCUCACCCCAAACCCAAUUUACUCCAACCCAAUCACUCGUCCCAUCCCAUAAACCCCAAUUCUAACCUCAACCCCUAACCCUAUCUCUAAAAUCAAACCCUAUACAACCGAGUCCUUACCCCAACCCAACACUAAUCUUCUAACACUUGUAGUACGCCAAGCCAAUCCCUAAACCCAAACCCUUACCAUAACCCCGUCCCCAAACCAACCCAUAAAUCCUUAACCCUAAAAUGCCCGUUGUUGAAACGUUCCAUUCCCCUUUUCUACUACCAGCCGUAAGUACCGAGUAUGUCAAAAAAUAUAACAAAAAAACAGACAAAAAAACCAACUUGUGGAGUUUGUGAAUAUUUUGAGUGUGAACAAGUAGAUUUGUGUUAUUUAUUCCAUUUGCAAGUAUUGUAGUGUAUUGUCUAAAACUGGAACUGGAGCCCAAAUCUGUAGACCUCAUCCCAUGUUCAACUCAAUAUGGAGUUAGUGCCAAAAUGAAUGACUUUUCUAUUAAUUCUUCGACAUAUACAGUGCAAUAGAGCAGUGCCAUAACUUUUUAUUGACGUCAUCUGCAGCUUUCCGCACGUCGUACAAGGAUAUCAAGCUCCACUUACGUCCUGUCCGCCGUCGUGUGUCCACAAAAAGUGCCUCGUCCCUCACUCGUUUUCAUCUAUUUACUACGGACAUUGACAAGAAGCCAUUUCCUCCAUUGAAUGUAAAGUGCUGUCUGUGCAUGUUACUAUGACGCUGAUGUUUUUGGUUUUUUUACCUCACAUACUAAAUGUUCAUAUAACAUUUACAAAUAUGUUACAUAUUUUUUAAUUAUACAAAUAAAUAUAAUACAUUUAUUUUACAUAUAUAUAUAUAUAUAUAUAUAUAUAUAUAUAUAUUAUUUACAAAUUUAUUCAUUUUAAAUUUCAUUUUAUUAUCAUCAUUUAGUCCAAAUUUAUUGUCAUCUUUAUUCACCCUUGUUUAUUAAAAUUUCACCCCAGAAAGUUAUUUUAAUUUUAGAUCAUUUUUAUUACAUUUAUAAUAAUGACAAAAGUGGGACACCUGUGGUUGUAAUUUCAAAACUUCUUUUUCCGGAUAGGAAUAUUGUCGAAUGAAUUUAUCUGUCAAACUGUCACCAUCAUAAAACCAACUGUUGUACAAUUGUAAAGAUGGACAACACAUUUACCACUAUACAGUAAAAUAUGGUAUAAUAAAACUAAAAUAAAGUAAAACUACUUACUGUUUAAAGACACCUGACAAAUGGGGUAUAAUGGAGUGGAGUUUUGAUUCCGUAGUGGUAUUGCUGGAGUUAGUACGCGGAUGUUUAGAUGAGCUGACGUCACGUGAUGUCACACGUGACAUUUUCUGUGGUUUCCUCGAAUGUCCAAAUUGCACCACAUUUUUCUGCUAAUUAUUUUCAUUAUUUUUUUGUGUGUGAAAAAACUGCUGCUUCUUAUGUGCGCUAUCACCAGCUGUCACUGAGCCUAAAUGCAGCUCAGAGGGAAACGACCAUGUCUCAAAGCUGUUACUGUUCGUGUGUGUCCUGUACCUAUGCCCAACACAAGGGGACAGUCAUGUGUUUUAUUUGUGUUUAUUUUAUUUUAUUUUUUUUUUAAAUGGGGAUGUAUGACUCCGUUAAAGCAACAAAUGUGAUUUACGCAUUCCUUAACGUUGAAGAACUGUCAAAAAGUUGAUUUUAUUUAUUUAAAAUGUAUACCUUCACACUAUGGUGUGAAUGGAUUAUUAAAUAAAUGGAAAGCAUUUUUUUAAUGAAUUCAAAAAUAGAAAACAAAAACCGUUGAAACGUGGGUUUUAUUCCAUUGUAAAAAUUAGUAAAAUGUGAAAUCAUUUAUCUGUUAAUUAAAUUGUCAAAUAUACUAAGAAAUGAUUGUACUGAGCACACUUAUUUGUCCCUCAUAUUUCUUUUUAAAAAAAUAUACUUUUUGAAAUAUUUUUAUUGGCCUUAAUUUUGGCACAAAAAGCUUGCCCUUAUCAUUAUGGUGUGAAUGACACAUUCUGAAUUCAGAAUCAAAAUGGCACCAUCAUUAAUUUGUGAUGUCAAAUAUAAAGUAGUUUGCCAACAUCGUGUUCCAGGAAAUAUUUAUGAAUGUCAACGUCACUGUGAAAAUGUAAAAAUUCAAUUUAAAAAAAUUUCUGAAACUUGGCUAUUUAAAUUUUCACAAACAGUAAUUAGGAUAGUGUGUCACUAUGGUCGCUCGGUUAUUUGUAAAUUUUAUAAUUUUGGAUGAUUGUUUGUUUUUUGUUUUUUAAAUAGAAAUGAGCCAAAGGAGGACACAUCCCCUUAUUUUACAAGCAUUAGCUUUUAUAUUUAAAAUGUUUUUGUUUUGAGUUUUUAAAGCUAAAUAACUAAAAAUGCAGAAGGGGAUACUUGUGUUUAGAUAUUUUGCGUUAGCGACUUUAUUUUUCAAAGAUGCUCAACAAAACAAAACAAAAACAAAAAAACGUAAACAUUGUGAUUUUGUUAUUGUGCCUUCUGUGAACAUUUGCUUUUCUUUCCCUAAAACAAACUGUGAACUUUUUGAGGCAUCGGAGCACUUUUGUUAGCAUUUAGCUUCACACUGCGUAACAUUGAGCUUCAUAUCUCCGGCUUUGGCUAACCGCAUGCGGGCUUUUUUUCAUGUGUGUUUGUGUCAAAGAAGUGGGUGCAAAAGGCCAAAGUUAGACAUUGCGGGUUUUUUUUUUUGUUGUUGUUUGUUUACUAGGCGCCAAGUGAAGAGCUAGCGCUACGGCUUGUUAGCUUAGCCAAGCAGAAUUUCCACAGAAAAAAAAAUUACCACCAUGCUUAAAACUUUUCCGUGCACUUCGAAAGCUAUUUGGAUAAUUAGUGUGAAUUAGCGCAUACAGCCACGCUAAGCUAAGGUAACGCGCUUCUUUACAAAUGGUACUGGUGUUGGUGAGAAAGCAAUUGGGAAUUUCUUUCAAGGAGUAAAUGUGUGUAAUGCAUAUUUUCUUUAUUUUUUACUAACUGUGAGUUUUGUUGAUUGCCGAUGCAUUUUUGAAUGUACAGUUGUCGCUCAGCUGCUCUUCUAUGACGCCUGCUAUGAAUCGACAUGGUGUUCAAUCAUAUAUACAGUAUUAUUGUGUAUUUUAUUUCAAUUUUUUUUUCUUUUUUUUGUUUUUUACCUCUUGACCAAGACCUGCAGUAUUAGGACUGCAUUUUGUAUGCUCAAGUCAGUGAGCGCGUGCGAGUAUAAUGUAAGCACGUGUCUGUAAUGACGAGCACAUGAGAAAAAAUAUAUAUCAAAUAUAUUUAAAACAAAGGAUAUUUGGUCUACCAGCUUCCUGUGACGAUGUGUUGUAAGAAGGUGACGUCCGACAUUCACAUCCAUGUUAUGUACAUUUGAAUGCUCAAUAAAUAUGUGCAAACUUGUCGUACGUGA